AAAUCACACUUGGACGAAAGUCUCUAUCAACCAAUACUGUCUAGCAUGCAUUCUAUGUUCAUUAUGAAGGGUUGUGAUGGUUCGGUUUUAAUCAAAGGGAAAUCUGCGGAGCAAGCUGCUCUACCGAAUCUUGGUCUAAGAGGGUUCGAAGUGAUCGACGAUGCGAAAGCCCGGCUCGAGUUGGAGUGUCCAGGAGUGGUGUCAUGUGCAGAUAUACUUGCACUUGCUGCUCGUGACUCUGUUGACUUGAGUGAUGGGCCAAGCUGGCGAGUACCAACGGGUCGUAAAGACGGGAGAAUCUCGUUGGCAAAAGAAGCAUCGAAUCUACCUUCUCCACUUGACUCUGUUGCUGUUCAAAAGCAAAAGUUUCAAGAUAAAGGAUUGGAUACUCAUGAUCUCGUUACUCUACUCGGUGCACAUACGAUAGGCCAAACGGACUGUCUCUUCUUCCGUUACCGUCUAUACAACUUUACGGUGACCGGAAACUCCGAUCCAACCAUAAGUCCAUCGUUUCUUACACAGCUCAAGACUCUUUGUCCUCCCAAUGGAGACGGUUCAAAACGUGUUGCUCUUGACAUUGGUAGUCCCUCAAAAUUCGAUGAAAGUUUCUUCAAGAACUUACGCGACGGCAACGGUAUUCUAGAGUCGGACCAACGGCUUUGGUCGGACGCCGAGACAAAUGAAGUGGUGAAGAAGUAUGCGAGUCGUCUUAGAGGUUUGUUAGGGUUUAGGUUUGAUUAUGAGUUUGGUAAAGCUAUGAUUAAGAUGAGUUCCAUUGAUGUAAAGACUGACGCUGAUGCAAGAUCCUUCAUCACCACAAAACCUCUUCCGAUUGAUUCAUUUCUCCCUAAACCAAAGCUAGAGAAUACGGGUGUGUGUUCUUACACGGUGAUCAUUAAGACAAGCUGUUCCUCCGUGUCUUACACUAGAGAUAAGAUCAGUAUAUCGUUUGGUGAUGUCUACGGCAACGAGGUGUAUGUGAAGAGACUAGACGAUCCAUCCUCGAGGACGUUCGAAAAGUGUUCUUCAGACACAUACAAGAUAUCGGGACCGUGUAUGCGCGACGUUUGUUAUCUCUACCUUCUCAGGCAAGGAUCCGACGGCUGGAAACCAGAGAACGUUAAGAUCUACGGCUCAUCCAUCAGAUCAGUCACUUUCUACUACAACCUCUUCUUGCCUAACUCUGUUUGGUACGGCUUCAAUGUCUGCAAUGGCAUUGGCAUUACCAAGUCUUCUCAACCCAUCAGUACUGCCUCUUCCGUCGCUGCUAUGAUGACGGAACUGGCUUUUGACUUGGUCUGUGAGAUACUUGCAAGGGUUCCAGUUAAGGACUUGCUACGGUUUAGAUGUGUCUGCAAAAGCUGGCGUUCGUUGUUCCAAGAUGAGGGGUUCAUCAGAAAGCACAUAACUCAUGCCCCGAGUAUGUUUCUACUGGCGGAUUGGUGGCCACUGUCUACACUGCGCACUUGUACUUACGAAGGUCGUAAGCUAAAGAUGGUAUUGCAAGAGCCUGAAUUGAACAAUGGUGGAGAGAAAGACUUUCUUUUCAAAACAAGUGUCAUCGGUCAUUGCGAUGGACUCUUUUGUUUAGAGCUUCAAGACACUUCUUUGGCUGUUUGUAACCCUGCUUUGAGAGAGUUAACAAAAGUACCUAGAAUCGACCAACAACAAACUCGGGGUAUGAGGAUAGGUUUUUGUUACGACCACUCAAUUCAAGAUCACAAAAUCGUUUUGAUGCCGCUCAAGAAUUGCUCUAAAGCACAUGUGUUGACACUUAAGUCCAGUGUGUCUAGGAUGAUUGAUUUCCCAUGGAGGCAAAAUUGUGAGUUGAUGUGUAAAAAAGAGGGAAUCCUGGUGGGUGAAUAUAUCUUCUGGCCGCUAUAUGCUCAUGAAUCUACCAUUGAAAACGGCGAAAACAUCCUGAGCUUUAGUGUGGUGUCAGAGACAUUCAACUACUGCUCUGGUCCUGGUGGAGAGUCUAGAGUUUUAAAGGUGUUGAGAGGAAGUCUAUGUGCAGUGGAUUAUAAAGACAGAGAAAACUACUGCCAUGAUAUGGUGGUUUGGUGUGCGGACCAUGAAAAGGAAGACAAAGGUCGAAUCAAAUCUUGGACCAAGAUCUUGACGCUGACGGCAUCCGAUAUUCAAAGGUCAACACGUUGGCAGGUUGUUGAGUUUCGGCUAGGAGCUGUGAUUAACCGGUCAGGAUUGUUGCUUGUGCUUGUUCAGACACGUGAAAUAGGAUUUAUACUAUAUGAAUACAACUUGGAGAAGGAUACAAUGAGACAGGUUGAUACUUGCUACAAAUUAAAUUACCUCGACAAUCUGGAGGAGUAUAUUGCAAGUCUUGUUUCCUACUAGACCACCACCUCUACUAAGUGUUUAGCUUUUAGUUUUUAUGUUUUUAUAAAUGCUAUGUCUUCACAACAUUGAUUCUUACUUCUACUCAAUUGAUGGGUUAAUUUGUUGUUUCUAUUCCUUUCGUUAAGUGAAUAAGAAAUGCAGUUAGAGCAA